AAGGGCGUCGCGGGACUCUGCUGGGCGCGAGCUUCUCACUGCCUCGGCCUGCCACCUCCUCCUCCUCCUCCUCCUGCCGCCGCCGCCGCUGGUCUGCACCCCUUUUGACAUCGAAACGACAUUCGCCUCUCUGCAUCGCUUCCAUCCCGUUAGCAGACUAAAGUCAUGUUACACUGGGGAUACGAGGAAGACAACGGACCUACUCACUGGAGGGAAAUUUUCCCCAUUGCUGAUGGAGACCGGCAAUCUCCCAUUGAUAUUCAAACUAAAGAGACUAAAUAUGACUCCAACCUGCUUCCUCUCAGCCCCAGUUAUGAUCCUUCCUCUGCUAAAGUCAUACUCAAUAAUGGACACUCCACCAGUGUGGAAUUUGAUGACACUGAGAAUAAAUCAGUGCUAAGUGGGGGUCCACUCACUGGAAAUUAUAGGCUGCGACAAAUCCACUUCCACUGGGGAGCCAGUGAUGACAUUGGUUCUGAACAUGCUGUGGAUGGAGCAAAAUUCCCAGCAGAGCUUCAUGUGGUGCACUGGAAUGCAGAUAAAUACCCCAGUUUUGUUGAAGCUGCUCAGAAACCUGAUGGAUUAGCAGUCAUGGCUGUUUUCUUAAAAUUGGGUGAAUGCAAUUCACAACUGAAAAAAAUCACAGACCAACUGGAUACCAUUAAAGUGAAGGGUAACCAGCACAGGUUCACCAAUUUUGAUCCUUCCUGUCUGCUCCCUCAUUCACUGGACUACUGGACUUACCUUGGGUCUCUCACAGUUCCUCCUCUUCUUGAGAGUGUCAUUUGGAUCAUCCUUAGGGAGCCUAUAAGUGUUUGCUCUGAACAGCUGGCCAAAUUUCGCAACCUCCUGUGCACUGGUGAAGGAGAGCAUGCCUAUUGCAUGCUGAAAAACUUCAGACCACCACAGCCUUUAAGGGGGCGGGAAGUAAGAAGAAAUUAAAGAAGGAUAAUUUGCUUGACACUGUUUUGGAUGCAAAACCCAUUUAAAAGAUUGCCCUUAUUUUUUAAAAAAAUGUUUUAAUUUGAAGUGUGCCAAUGUUUUUCAUUUUUAAAUUAUAGGAAUUUUGUUGGAAAUACAGAAUAGAGUAGAGUAGAGUAGAGUAGAGUAGAAUAGAAUAGAAUAGAAUAGAAUAGAAUAGAAUAGAAUAGAAUAGAAUAGAAUAGAAUAGAAUAGAAUAGAAUAGAACAUUAUUAUGAUCCCUGACAAUUUUGCCCCUACAGUAUAAAUCCCAAAUAAAAACCUAUGAGCUUAUAUAAAAUAACAGUAAAUGCAAAAUCUGUGUAAGUAGUGAGAUGAUAAGGAGAAAUAGAACUAGAAAUACUUAUAUCCAAUUCAGGAUAUAAAGUUUAUUUUAUUGAUACAAUAUUUUUGUUCAAUUAUUUGAUUCAUCUAUUUUAAAUAAUAGUUUUCUUGCAGUUUGACUAUGUUAGAAAGUCAAGACACUCCCUUUUUAUUAAGAAUAUAAUUAACAAUGUAAGAAGUUAUUGGAUUGCAAUAUGAUAUAAUCAAACACAUUUAUUCUGAAUUGUAGUUAAUACAUCAAUAUUACAUUUAGUGGUCUGAAUGAACUUCAUGCUAUUAUUUGAUUGCAGUAUAGCAUGCUAAGUGUAGUGAUGAGGAUUCUAUAGACAUAAUUUAAGGUUUGUGAAUGAAAUGAGGAUUCAUUUCUAGGCAGAGGAUUAAAUGCUUUAAUCUUCUACUCAGGGAUUCUAAGCGUUUAUCUUCAAAACAUCCUAAGAAUUGUUGCUCUGUAAAGAAACUCAAUAGGAAAUUAUUCAGCUCAUUAGACCAGAAAGCAAGAAUGGCAACACACUUAAAAAAUCCAAACAACUAACAAUAUAAUGAUGGCAACGUAUUUGUUUUUUAAAUCUUUUUAUCAGUGAUAACAUGGGUUUUUGCCUCUAUUCAGAAGUGAAGUUUGGAUUGAAAUAUGCUUGUUGAAUUAUAUAAUCUGUAUACUAAUUGGUGGGUAUUUGUAUAUAAGGCUAUGAAUGAUGGUUUGGACAUGACAUUGUUUCAUAUUUAAAAAAACUACGGAUCUUAAUAUUUUCAUGCUAUUUAAUUUCAUAAAAACAUUGUUAAGGAGUAGGGGGUAAUUUUGAAUCAAGGUAAGGAGUAAAUAAAUAUUAUUGGUCUAUGCUCUUAUGUUAGAUAUUUUUUAAAAAAAAUAUUGACAAUAAAUUAAGUUUUCUUCUAACA